AUGCCCAUCCCAAUUAUUACCCAUGGCAUCCAGGAGGGUAUCUCUACUAUCCCAUAUGCCUGGGAUUUUAUCCGCAUUGCCCCAUGGAUCCUCGCCCUCGCUGCGCUGAAGUUCUACUUCGGCGGAGCCCGCAACACCUCCGAGCGCCUGAUGGCCUCGAAGGUGGUGAUGGUAACGGGCGGUACAUCAGGCAUUGGAGCACGAGUUGUACGUGACCUCGCCGCGCGGCAGGCCCAAGUCAUCCUUCUCACGAAGCAACCACCCUCCGACCUCUUCCUCGUUGAAUACAUCGAAGAUCUUCGUCGCGAAACCAAGAACCCUCUCAUCUACGCCGAACAAGUUGAUCUUUCCUCCCUACACUCUGUCCGUGAAUUCGCCACAAAAUGGAUCGACAAUGUCCCGCCCCGCCGCCUCGACGCCGUGAUUCUGUGCGGCGGCACCGCCGUGCCUGCCAGCGCCCGCGGCCAGACGCAGGAUGGCAUCUCCGAAGAAUGGCAGGUGAACUAUUUGUCCAAUUUCCACCUCCUUAGUAUCCUCAGUCCCGCCCUCCGUGUUCAGCCUGCCCACCGUGAUGUCCGCGUCAUCUUCGCGACAUGCUCAAGCUAUAUCAGUGCCAAAUUCGAUCUGGAAACUGUCAAGCGGGAUAAUGAUUCCAACACAGGGUCAUCUACAUCCAAAGAUAAGGCGCCUGCGGCCAAACUCUCCGUGAAACCGAAGAGUAUUUACGCUGUCAGCAAAUUCGCUCUCAUGACCUUUGCCCACUCCUUCCAGCGCCACCUGAACGCCUACGCCCGUCCGGACGGCCUGCCCCCUUGCACGCGCGUGCUUAUCGUUGACCCGGGUCUUUCGCGGACACCCGGUACUCGGCGCUGGCUUACCGGCGGUUCUCUCUGGGGAUUGCUGUUGUAUCUUCUCACCUGGCCAUUCUGGUGGUUGGUACUCAAGUCUCCGGACCAGGGUGCGCAGAGUAUUCUCUAUGCGGCGAUGGAAGAGAAGUUUGCGCGCGGAGAGGGUGGCUGGUUUAUCAAGGAGUGUCGGGAGAUGGAUUGUGCGCGGCGAGAUGUCUUUGAUGAGGAUGUUGGGAAGAGGCUGUGGGAGUUUAGUGAGAAGCAGAUUGAAGAGGCGGAGAAGGAGGGGGCUGUUAAGCGGGCUUUGGCUAAGAAGGAGAAAGAGGCAGAGGAAGAGAAGAAGAAGAGGAAGGAGACCUCUUCUGCGAAAGCGCAGACUGCUGGAUCUCGGCGGAGUCGAAAGAAUAAAUAA